CACUGACGCUGAACAAUGAAUGGGGCGAGGGAGUCCUUACUACACAGCGAGGUAGACAGUCAGGAAGAAAGCUGCUGAAAUGAUUCCUGUGGGGUAAUUUCCAACUGUUGGAAACUGAUUUCUUCUGAGGACGGCGAGGAAGAGUUAAAAUAACUUUUAAGUUUGGGAAAAAAUAUUUUGGCAAGUAUUUUUUUUCCCUCAGAAGAAAACAUGUGUACAAAGUUUUUGAAAAGUUUCGGACAGACCGGACACUGCGGGAGAUCAAUCCUUGGGAGUCUCCCACUCUGUGCCCCCCCCUCCCCAAGGGGAAAUUAACGCAAAAAGGGGAAUUUGAAUUUCUUCUGUAUUGCCCCGGAUGAGAUGGGAAACACUGGAAGUCUGGAUGUGCAGACGAAUUUGAGUGCUCAAACCAUGCCGCUGAAGUUGCCAAUGCCCGAACAAUGCGAAUUGGAGGAGAGGUUUGCGAUGGUUCUGAAUUCUAUGAAUCUUCCUCCAGAUAAAGCGCGGCUCUUACGACAGUAUGACAACGAGAAGAAAUGGGAUCUCAUCUGUGAUCAGGAACGGUUUCAGGUGAAGAACCCUCCACACACCUACAUCCAGAAACUCAAGAGCUAUCUGGAUCCAGGAGUCACCAGGAAGAAGUCUAGACGCCGACGUGCAGGAAUCCACCAAAGUGCUGCGGAGCUGGAGAUCUCCCUCCGAACUAAUUACAUCGGGUGGGUUAGAGAGUUUCUAAACGAUGAAAACCAGGGUCUCAAUGUGCUGGUGGACUAUCUCUCCUUUGCACAGUGUGCAGUCAUGUUUGACUUUGACCUUGUGGAGAAUGGUGAUGAUGGUGCACUCGACAAGUCAAAACCCUGGGGCAGGUCUAUAGAAGAUUUGCACCAGAGCAAUGUCCUGCCCCUGGCUUUCAGCAACAGUCUCUCUCGCUCUGCCAGGCAAUCUAUCCUACGCUACAGCACCUUGCCUGACAGGAAAUUUCUGAAGAAUUCCAGACUCGUGAGCCAGAAGGACGACGUCCACGUCUGUAUCAUGUGUUUGCGGGCUGUAAUGAACUACCAGUACGGCUUCAAUUUAGUUAUGUCACACCCACAUGCUGUAAAUGAAAUCGCACUUAGCCUGAACAACAAAAAUCCCAGAACCAAAGCCCUGGUACUGGAGCUACUAGCAGCAGUCUGUCUCGUGAGAGGAGGGCAUGAGAUCAUUCUCUCUGCGUUCGACCAUUUCAAAGAGGUAUGCAAAGAAAAGCAUCGCUUUGAGAACCUGAUGGAAUAUUUUCGCAAUGAAGACACCAACAUAGAUUUCAUGGUGGCAUGCAUGCAGUUCAUCAACAUCGUGGUUCAUUCUGUGGAGGACAUGAAUUUCCGGGUCCACUUGCAGUUCGAAUUCACCAAACUGGGUCUGGACGAGUUCCUGGAGAAAUCCAAGCACACGGAGAGCGAUAAGCUCCAGGUUCAGAUCCAGGCCUACCUUGACAAUGUGUUUGAUGUGGGUGGUCUACUCGAGGAUGCUGAGACCAAGAAUGCGGCCUUGGAGAAGGUGGAUGAACUGGAAGAGCACAUGUCACACUUAGUAGAGAAGCUUCAGGAACUGGAGAAUGAAAAUAUGAUGAGGGUGGCAGAACUGGAAAAGCAGUUACUCCAUCGAGAUAACGAACUGGAAACAAUUAAGGAAACCUACAAAGAUGCCAGCAGCCAGGUGCACACCUUGCGAAAGAUGAUCAAAGAGAAGGAGGAGGCUUUCCAGCGGCAGUUUCACCUGGGGAGGCAGAUGGCCGACCUGCAGCACGGAUCCAUUGGGGAUUGUCUGGACGGAGAUCCGAUCACACUGUCUCGGUCUUCCAUGGAUUCAGAACUGAUCCAGAGCAUCCCUGCAGCACCCACGCCCCCAACCCCUCCUCCACCACCAAUAGCCCCUCCACUACCAGGUCAAGUCCCACCUGCGCCACCCCCACCACCUGCAGCUCCUCCAUUACCUGGUAGCUCUCUAUCCGUUAUUCUCAGCCACGGAUUGUCAGCCAUUCGGAUCAAGAAGCCAAUUAAAACAAAGUUCCGUUUGCCGGUAUUUAACUGGAUGGCGCUAAAACCCAACCAGAUCAAUGGGACGGUCUUCACUGAAAUCGAUGACGAAAAGAUAUUAGAGGAGCUUGACCUGGAUGAAUUUGAAGACCUCUUCAAGACGAAAGCCCAGGGACCCUCCAUUGAAAUCUCCUGUCAGAAAAGCAAAAGUGCGCAGAAAGCACUGAGUAAAGUGACGCUGCUCGAAGCCAACCGAGCAAAGAAUCUCGCCAUUACACUGCGCAAGGCUGGCAAGACAACUGAAGAGAUUUGCAGGGCCAUUCAAAUGUACGAUUUGAAGACCCUGCCCCUCGACUUUGUGGAGUGUUUGAAUCGCUUCCUACCCCAGGAGAAUGAGGUGAAGCUCCUGAAGCAGUACGAGAAGGAGAGAAAGCCACUGGAUGACCUGUCCAACGAGGACCGCUUCAUGAUGCACUUCAGCAAAAUCGAACGCCUCUCCCAGCGCAUGACCAUCAUGACGUUUGUUGGCAACUUCGCCGAAAACAUCCAGAUGUUGAAUCCGCAAUUGAAUGCAAUAAUAGCAGCCUCAGCAUCUAUUAAGACCUCACAGAAGUUGAAGGGAAUGUUGGAGAUUAUUUUGGCACUCGGUAACUACAUGAACAGCAGUAAACGAGGAGCUGUGUAUGGCUUCAAACUACAAAGCUUGGACCUGCUCUCAGAUACCAAAUCCACUGAUCGAAAGCUGACCCUGUUACACUACAUUGCAAUCAUCGUAAAGAGGAAGUACUCCAACAUUGCUACCUUCUGGAAUGAGCUGCACUACGUUGAGAAAGCUGCAGCAGUUUCGCUGGAAAAUGUCCUAUUGGAUGUAAAGGAGAUGGGCCACAACAUGGAACUGGUGAAGCGGGAGAGCAGUAUGCACGAGCACAAUGUGGUGCUGAAGGAUUUCCUGUCACAAAAUGAAGGGAAGUUGGAAAAACUGCAGCGAGAUUCCAAAACUGCGCAGGCAACAUAUAAUAAAGUGGUUGAGUAUUUUGGAGAAAAUCCCAAGACUACACCCCCAUCUGUGUUCUUCCCAGUCUUUGUCCGUUUUGUGAAGUCCUACAAGGAAGCAGAACAGGAAAACGAGCUGAGGAAAAAGCAGGAACAAGCUUUGAGAGAGAAGAUGCUUGCACAGGAAGCCAAGCUUCAACAGGACCAAAAGUCUCCGUGCCCGAGGAACAAACGGCAACAACAGGAGCUCAUUGCUGAGUUGCGAAGACGUCAGGUCAAAGAUCACCCGUCGGUGUAUGAAGGGAAAGAUGGAACCAUUGAAGACAUCAUCACAGUGCUGAAGAGUGUCCCCUUCACAGCCCGAACUGCUAAACGUGGCUCCCGGUUCUUCUGUGAAACAACAUUGUGUGAAGAGUCCAAUUGUUAAUGUUUCUGCCCUCUACAGUCUGCAGCUGUGACAGAUCUUAGAAAUCAACCAUACCGACGUGCAGAUGCAAUGAUGCGACAUGGAUGGAAACACCUCUGAAGAAAAGACUUGGGUGGGGUUGGGUCAGAUUGGAGGGAUAGGGGAGGUGAUGAAAUUGUGACCAAAACCAGUGUUAUUAAAAACUGUUCCAUUGAGGAGCAUCUUGGGAUAAACUCUUCAUCGGCUCCUACAACACUCCGAAAUGAGGAAUUUCCUGAACAUGUAUCUUCUAAUCCACUACACACGGGCGCACAAGAUAUGGCAUUGUGUGGAGAAAAACCUUGAGAGAGCAAAGCAAGAACUGAAGCGGGAGGGUGGGGGAGUAAACUUUUACUUUGAACCAAUCCACAGAACUUGCUCACUGCCUAACGAGAGAAAGUUAUCCUACAAUGCUUUUGACAUCCCAACCCUCAAAAUGUUGCUGGAGGUUGGGUGGGAAGGGAGCAUCUGUUAAUAGGACAGAAAAAACUUGAAGAGAAGUGUCCAUCCAGUCAAACUUGGAGCACCGUGAAAAUUGAAUGCCUUUCCACGUCAGUAUUGUGAAGUAUUUUUUUACUGUGCUUGUAUUCUUGAUUAAUUUAAGGUAUUUUUCUGUUAUUACUGUAGAAUUGGCCUUCUGUGGCAACUCCAAAGGAACUUUACCAUCUGUUAUUGCCAAAGUAAAAUGGCAGCUGCCUUCUUUGGCAGAGCCAUUGGCGUAGAAAUUUGCCUGUGUCGUUUACGCUAUGUACAAUGUAUCGUCAAUAUGCGCCUUAAUACUCUGAAAUUUCAGAAGGGGAGUUCAAUGCGCAAACAUGACUGUAUCUUAGCACAAACAACACCAGACAAGUUUGUACUCCUUGUCUUUUUCUUGCAUUGAUUUUAAACCCACAUGGAAUUUCUGAGCAUUUCUAGCUAAUAAGCCCUCUCAGUGUUUGGGUCUACUUGGGAACCAUAUUCAAAGCAGGAACAAAGGCUCCAGCUACUCUUGCAGCUUAUCCUGUAUGGGAAGAUAUUUAACAAAGGAGCAAGAUUUUUCUUUCCAUUCUGUUAGGGAACACUUGAUGAAAAGAAAAUUUAGACCUAUGUAGUCUAUUCUGGCAUGAAUGUAAAGACAUAUUUUCCUUGGUAAAUGAAACUCCUUUUGUAUUAACUAUGGGUUUUCAGUCCUUUGGAGAUGCUCAAGAAAUCUGUAGGAUGCGAAUCUUUAACUACAUAGAUUUAUCUAGAGCUUUACAUCCAGUCUAUUCUGGGUUAUCCAUUUGCUUACCACUGCUGCAAUGUUCAAAGGUUAAUCUUUUGCCAAGGGGUGAUUACAUUGAAUGCAAGUUUUUAUACCCCGUUACUAGUGUUCCACAGGGUAGCUUCAAGUUAAUGAGCUGCUGCACAUUCCUGACCCAACGUGUCCUGAUUUAAAGUAAUCACAGAGCAGGUUCAAAGUAACUGCAGUGAACUGAGAAGGACAUGUCCAAUCAGAAUUGGCUCCAUUGAGAUCUGGGAAUUGUUUUGAUGCUUAUUCCAUGUUUUUUUUCUCUCUUCCUUUGUGAACUAGUGCAGCCUCUCCUGUUGGAAUUGGAUAGGAUCCUGGGAAUUGGCUGGCCCAUUGUGAGCAUUGUGAGUGUUAUGGUUUUCAGUUAAGAAAGAUUUCUGAUCCUGCAUUAUAGGAACAUUUGCACUUCAAAGCCAAAACCCCUUAAUGCCAUGAUACACCCCUUGGAUUGUGCCUGGCAUUCUCCACCUCGCACUACUCCCUUGCCCGCACUGACAGCGUCAGACCCGUCAAUGAGUCGUGCCAAGGCCAAUGAUCUCUGCUGAACUCACUUAAAUGAAGCAUCUCUCCUGAUUGGAGCCACAUAGGGUUCUUGGUGGUUAAAUAGCCAGUAGUUUCUUGCUGCUCAGGGUGGGGGAAAGGGGGAGUCCGCUUGGGUGAAGUCCCAGAAACUGAUUGGCAUGAGAUGAUGAGUGGGCACAGUGGGUGAGCAAAGAUCUGGCAGAAUCUGUGCAAUUAUCCAAAUCAACCUGUCCAGUUCAUGGUUCCCAGAGUACUCGUUAUUACCUAAAUGCAAGCAUAAAGCAAUUUAAAGAUUGACAGAUCCUCAUUUUUUUUCAGGCAAUACUAAAUUUAUGCUUUAUUGUGUAAAGUUUUUCAUUGCUUUUAAGCAUGGAAUAAAUUCCUGGAAGCUGUCCAUAGUCUGUUUAGGGAAUCGAACACAUUCCACUCAGAGGAAGGUUAUAGUCUUAAACUGAAGGCCAAGAAUCAAAGGUUUACAUGUAAAUAGAAGGUAUUCAGAUGCCAUUUUAUUGUUACAGUUUUCUCCUGUAUCAUUUUGCAGAAGAGGUGAAAAUGAUUUUGUAUGGGACCAUGUUUAAAAUCAGCCAUGCAUUCUAACCCAGGUUUUUAAUGUUUAAAUACAUUGUCACCAUUUGCAGCACAAAGGAGACCAUUCUUCCCAUCAGGCCUGUCUCAGUGUUUGCUUCAUAACUAGAUCCGUGUAUCCUGUUUCUCUGCUCCUCCCAUAAGUUUUUAUCUCUUCCGUUUCGAAUCCUAUCCAGUUCCCUUUUCAAUGAUACGUUCUGUGUUCCACUUUCCUAUAAGUGGACCAAUUUCCUCCUCAUUCUUGCCAUGACAGUCCAUAGUCAGUGACCCCAUUUUCACAAAUAUACAAAGCAAUAUUGAGCAGCAUGUCCUGAGAUUGCUGGACUCGCAACCCCCAGCAAAGCAGCUGGGGACUUUAUUAUCUGGAAUAAAAGGAUCAGCCAUGACAACCGCAAGACUACCAAACCUCUAUUUAAAACAAAAUCUAAUUCAUCAGUGUCCUUCAUGAAAGGAAAUUUGCCAUCCUUAUGGUGCCCGACCUAGAUGUGACUCCAUUUGGUCAACUUUCAACAGCCCUACCACGGCACUCAAAGGGCACUGAGAGAUGGGCAAUAAAUGCUAGCUUUGCCAUCAAUGCCCAUGUUCUGUGUAUGAAUGAAUAAAAGGAAAAUUACUCCCCUUCCACAAUUUUGGAAACUGUGAUAGCCCGUCCCUUGCUGUUCCAACGACAAAAGCUUUAAUUUAUGAAAUGGCCCACAACUAUUUCAAAUGAAUCUUCCCAUUCCCUUUCCAAAACUCUAAUAUCUAUCCUUUAAUGGGAGGCUCAGAACUCCACACAACAGGCCAGCUGCCGUCUAGCUAGCAUCUUGUACAAAUUUGACAUUGUUUACUUUUCAUUGUUUUUAAAAGACUUCAAAAAAAACCCAUGACUACUAUGACCAAGUAUCGGGCAGCUCUGCAGAAACCCAGACUGGUUAACCUCGCCCUUGCUGCACGUGGUUCUACUGAAGAUGUUAGCAUGACACUGAACCUUAUUGCGAUGUUCUCUUGUGAUGCUCUUUCCCCCGAACACCGUUUGGGUGCAACAUUUAUUCUAUUGAGUGAGCAUCAGUACUCACUGGACAGUUGUUGGUUUGUUCCAUUUUACGAAAAAUGGAAAUCUAAUUUAGUGGUAGCGCAGUGUUGAAGCUUCACCUUGACUCUGCAUGUCAUCCUGACCACAGUAAGGCCUGAUGCUUGUGUAGACUCCUGAAAGUGGGAAUGUGGCCUCCCUCUCUCUUUGUUUUCCUUGUGUGUGUAUAUGGGUCUCUCUCUAAAUCUUUUUCUCUCACUUUCUAGCCUGUUCUCAAGCCCAUUAUGCUGCUAUAUUACAGAGAUUGCCUUAGGCCUGAGUAGGCCAAAACCUUGUCUCUAAAUUGAGCUAACCUUAUAGCGGGUGCAGCCAGCUUUCUCCAGUGUGGCAACAAGUCCUAUCAAAAUGCAAAUUAACCUUUGCAAUCAUUUGGAACAUGAAUCAGUGACCAUUAAAUCUCCCAAUUUUUCCAGAGAGGUUCCCAAGGCAGGGGCUGGGUCUGCUGAUGGAGAAUCGAUAUAUUAUCAGCUGGUUUACUGAUUACAGUGUCCUAAACCUGUCGUGAGAGCAGUUUUAUUUAUUGGAAAGCAUUUACCUUAAAUUAUGUUUGUAAACAUUGCUGUCCAAAGACGACAAAAUUAUUUAAAGCAAGAUGUUUGUUAUGGUUUCAAAGUAAUUCAUUGGCCUUUCAUUUCCUAAUGCACUAACCCAUAUAGCAAAAAUUUUUAAAUGACGGUUGGAAAAAAUUAAAAACUUCAAUAUAUAUUACUUCUCCUGCACCCCAAGUAUUAAUCGAAUCUUUCAGUGAUGUCAUGGAUUGCAUCAUGAACUAGGUUCAUGUCAUCAUCCAAUAGAACAGCUGAAAGAACAGUGAGGAGGGAUGCUGGUAAGUCUACCCAUCAGUGGUCAUUACAAAAGAAAUAAGCUGUGGACUUGGGGAAAAUAGCCUUCAAGUAAUCCCUACCUUCCUUGUACAAAUCCAUAAAGCUACCACUUUAUUUUCUUGUCUUUUUUUCCAUGUAUCCCGUAUCAAGUAUUUAGUUUGUAUUUUAACCAUUCCAUUUCAUUCCAAACUCUACAAUCUUGUAGCUUACUGUAUCUUUUCAUAAUUGUGUACAAAAAUAGUUGAAUUAUUUCCAAUGUUCAAUGUUUUUUUAAUAAGCUGUUUUUAAAAAAAACUAUGCCAAAGUUGAGGCUUUCAGUCUCUUCAACAAUUCUGUACAUAUUAUUAUAUAAUUAUUAUAAAUCCA